ACACUGGUUCAUGGACUCCCAAAUAUGAGCAAUAAUCAUUUUAUUCAUGCAGCUUUGAUGACUUCCCAAUUUCCGAAGAAAAACUUUUGUAAAUGGUCAGCAACAUUUGACCGGAGGGGUGACGUUAUGUAGCGGAAGAGCCCAUACGUCAAAUAGUUCGAUGCUCCUCGCGCGCUGAGUUACCAUUCGGCAAUGUCGAGGUCAAGUGUUCGCCACACCACUGGCCGAAGGUCUUUGUAUCCCUCCUCGGCCUCUGAAUUUGUAGUUCGUCAUAAUAACUUCGGACAAUCCAAUUUGUGCUACAAUGAAACCAUUGGCGUAGUGGACACCACAAGAGCAUGGAAAAAUUACGUUUUUAAAUCGGGAAAACAGCCUUUAUGGCGAUGCAACGUUGUCGUCGACAAGCGUGGAUAAUAUUCCUGUGCAGUGUUAUUUUAGGAGGCACAACGGUUUAUAGUAACGUCAUUAUUAGGAAACCUCAAGAUGUGAUAGCGUUUCCAGAGGAGCCCCUGACAUGGAAUUGUCAGGCGGACUUCAGGUUCGUGGAUACACCAGACCAUGGACCGUUCGAGAGAGUAUGGGCAUUUGGCCAUCAAAUUGGCCAUCAAAUUUUGAACUCUACAAUGAACGAGCACAAGUAUGUGCUAUCAAAUGGGUCACUUUACAUAGAUAGCGUGGUGGCCCAAAGAGACAGUGGGACUUACAGGUGCUGUGUCAAAAACAUAACAGGGAUUCAGUGCAGUCAGGAAGCACUUCUCCAAAUUGCUGAACUACCUCAAUUUGUAACUCAACUCGAGCCUACAAUAGCUUAUCAGGGAGGGGUCGCCAGGUUUCAAUGUGAUGUGUAUGGUGUCCCUAAAGUUAAUAUAACAUGGAAACAUAUCAAGAGUGGCAGUGACAGAACAAAUAUUGGAAAAGAUAGGAUCAGUGCAAGGCAUGUAGUCCUACCAAAUGGCAUUCUUCAAAUUCACAAUGUAACGCAGGAAGAUGAGGGCAGAUACAAGUGCAUUGCAUCCAACUCGUUACAGACAGUGCGAAACAACUCUGCAACGUUAUCAGUGCUACCUCAAGUUAUGUCUCAGAUCCCAGCAUCUGAGCCAUACCUCAUGCAAGGCCCUGUAUCUCAACGAUUGUUACCGGGGGAAGAUGCUCUUUUAGAAUGUCUGGUGGAAGGAUCACCUCUGAUUGUCACCUGGAGUAGAAAAGACGGGCGUUCUAUCCGAAGGGAUGAUGUCAGCUAUCCCGGAGGAAGUAAUCUUUUGAUAAGAAAUGUUCGUUUCUCACUGGACAAUGCCACGUAUCGCUGUCAAGCUACAAACCCACAAACUGGCCAGUCUAUCGUAGCUGAAGCGAAGUUGGAUAUCAUGUCUCCACCAGUCAUUACCCAUGCACCUUCAGUCUACCACAAGCCCAUAGGUAGCAGGAUCCGAUUCUAUUGUGUGGCAACGGGAAUGCCGCAACCACAGAUCAGAUGGCUUCAUGAUGGGAUACCCGCCACCAUUGAUGACUUCCAUAGCCAUAUGAUUGACAAUGACUAUGUGAUCUCACAACUAUGGUGGGAAGAUAAAGGCAUCUAUCAGUGUGAAGCCAAGAAUGAUGCAGGUAGUGCUGUAGUUACUGCAGCGGUCACCAUCAAUAAAUAUGAUGACAAGGAAUACCCCAGUCAUGUGACUAACCUGACCAUCAGUUCAAUCUCAAGUCGUAGGAUGAGAGUAACGUGGGAUCCUCCUGACUACCUGCCUGGUCCAGUCAUCGCAUACCAUUUAUAUUGCAGGGCAAAACAAGAGUAUUCAAGAGUAAUUGAAAAGGUGGUGUACACCCUGUCAUUUGAACUGACUGACUUGGAACCUUUCACUGAAUAUUGGAUCACCGUUCAGUGCUUCACGGAGAAGGCACCGUGUCCAAGGUUUACAAAAAAUGUGACGACAGCACAGGAUGUUCCAUCUGGUAGUCCAGAGUUUUCCUUGGCGAGUGAGAGCCCAACCACCAUUACCGUUACAUGGGAUAGGCUUUUAAGGUAUCGUGCUAAUGGUAUCAUCAUCAGCUAUGGCAUCACUUACUGCCGUGUUGGUAGUGUGUAUUGCAACGUUACAACGGUAGAGGGGGACCUUCAGGAGUACACUCUCCAUGGCCUGACACCAAAUUCUAACUACAGUGUCAGCAUGGCCGCAGCGACCGAGAUCGGGCAGGGGAGAUACUCAGGCAAUGGUACAGUGGCAACGCCCAGGAACAUUAAUGAAACAACCCCCAAGCCACCAUUACAUUUGCAAGUUGUCCCAGUGAAUCACACUACAUUGAGAGUAAGUUUUCAGCCAGCACCAACCCCACCAAUCAUAGAGGGCUACAAGCUAAUGGUAUCUUUGAAUUUGGCUAAUGAUUGGGCAACAUUCCUGUUACCUUUGGACACCAUGGAAUACUACGUCACAGGCCUUGAUCCAAACACAAUGUACAAUGUACAUGUUCUCGGAUUUAACAGCUUUGGUGAUGGCCGGCCGUCUGCUCAAACAAUCAAGACAUUAGUAAGACCAGUGAUUAUAAACCCCAACGUGGAUACCUUACCUCCCCCUUUCUACUACAAUGGAACUGGUAAAUCAGGGAGAACCAUCCUCAUCCAGUGGGAGGAACCUCUCACAAACAAGAAGAUCACAGCUUUUAAGAUUGAGUAUGAGGUCAAGGGGUCAAAUCAAUCAUUCAUUGUGGAAGUGGAUGGGUCUACACAUGAGUUGCUGCUGACGGACCUGAAGCCAUUUACAGAGUACACCUAUCGUAUCCAAUCUGUUGGCACGUUGACGUACCCAGGUCCAUUUAGCCCUACAGCACGAGCAAUGACGCUUGAAGAUAAACCAUCAGACCCCCCAUCAGCAGUGCAGGCCAGCCCAGUAAACUCCAACACAGUAGAAGUCAGUUGGAGACCACCUGCUAUACCCAACGGGAUCAUCACUCGCUAUACAGUCAUGUAUCAGAGAGACCCAUCCCUCCCUGAAGAGAGCUGGGAGUAUGAACAGAAAGAUGGUUCUCUGCAUCAUUCUACAAUUGAGAGUUUGACUAGUGAUACCAAGUAUUACUUCAAGGUGAGGGCGGGUACCCAGGCCGGUGAUGGUCCACCUACAGAUGCUGUAGCUGCACAAACUCUUCCUGUUAAUAUCGAUAAAACUAACCCAACAGGCACUCUUCAGCAAGGCAUCCUGAUAGGAGUGUGCUUGUCUUUAGUCUGUAUCUGCAUUUGUACUGCUCUUAUCACAUACAGAUUUAGACAUGUGUUAUGGAGGAGAAGAUCUCGUCCUACACAGUGCAGCUGUAGAUCAGUGGGAAACAGUGGGCCCUGUGUUCACUACCACAGCAAUGGCUACCCGCAGCGUGUCUACAUGUCUGUACCCAACAGUGAUGAGAUGGGGGAUACCACCCUACCGGUUCUCACAUGCCAUGAGAACAGCCAAGAGGGCACACCACCUCACUUUCAGAAUGGAUAUGUUCCUAAUUGGUACCACACCCAUCUUGAUGGUAGCAGCUACACCCCUGUCAUUAAUGGGCAUGGCCCUCCAGGAGGCAAUGGGUUAGGGCCUCUUGUGGGCAAUGGACAUUGCAGUCCACCCAGAGGGAAUGGCGCUCCCAUGGGAAAUGGCCAUGGGCCUCCGAGGAUUAACGGACAUGGCCCACCCAGAAUGAACGGCCAGCCUGGAGGUUUGAUGGGCUGGCAGAAGAGAGAGGGGUACUCACCCCAGCCACCCCGUGAGAUAGAAGAGGGGUGCGAAGAAGAGAGAUCCCAUAGUGGGAGCUCUGCUCAUGGAUCGGGUCUCCUAAAUCACUCUCAGGAAUAUAAUAGUCAGGAGAUACCAUGUAUGGGUACUGAGCGUCAAGAAGUUGUAAUCCCGUCAAACUCAUCUACCUCACAAGCUGAACUCUCGGGAACAAAAUCUCUAACCUCUUUACAAUCGACUGCUUCGUUGAAAGACAAUAGUAUGAAGGAUAGCAGUCAAGAUAGCAUCACUGUUCUACCUCCCACCUUCUGUAAAGUGUCUGCCAGUAUUACACCCCCAAGCCAGGGACAUAUCUCAGGAGCUCAUUCCUCUGGGACGGGGAUAUCCUCUGAUGGUGAUGGGAUAGCCAUGCCCUCUCAGACAGCCACCGGCCACAGAUUACCUCCAGCACGCUGCGUGGAUCCUCAACGGGUAUCGGCACAGGGUCACGUCAUGCCUGUCAGCUGUGGCAGGGGAUCGCCGCCCAGUGGUGCUCAGGACCCACAUGGUGCUGAUCCAUGGGAGAGAUGGACACCGCCCAUGUCUGAGAUGUCAUGUCCCAGGGAGGCUGAAGAACACAUGAGCGAAGAGACACCAAUUGAACCAAACAGGACAGUGAAAACAUGCACGGUGUGAUCAUUGGUCAUACAUUCUCUUUACUAUUUACCUCAAACUGUGAUGAAGACCUGCUGAAGUAACCUCUUCAGUCUCUACCUAUAGUUUAAAGGAAACCAACUCAGAAUUGAACCAUCUGUCUCAUGCUUCCUAUUCUUUGAACCUUCUUUUUUCUCUGUGCUGUUGCACUGUGAUCAUUCCGUGUGUCCCACCAGCAGACAGAGGGAGCUCGUAUGAAGACGGGUAUAAAACAUUUCAGGAGUCCCUGUGUCUGUGUAUAUACUUUUAGCAGGCUUCAUCAUCAUCUAUUGCUCAGUUCCAGUGUACUCUUGAAUAUUUCAGAGGCUCGCUGGCUUACUGCCAGUACCAUUAGGGCUUGUGUUUGAGCAACCAGGACAAUCUCACCACCUUUCUCACCUCGUGUCCACUUGAGUAUUGCUCGGAGACCAUGUUGCAGAGUUUAUAUUCUUCAAGAUGCCCUCCAACAUAGAAGAUUAAAAAGAAUUUUUUGUUAUGUUUGCCUAUCUCAGGGAUAUUACCUUCUGUGUCUAAAAACUCUCUUGAAAUGAGGAGAGUAGAAAUGAUGCUUGUAGCCUUUAAGUCCCCUCAUUUUUAGAGGAGGAGGGGCAGAGGCUGGUCUGUAUUAUAUUGAUAAAAAUGGACAAAAUUGGAUGAUAUGAAAAUGUAAUUGUGAGGAUAUAUUUUCUCUGUCUGGCAUUUGCUCUUGAUGAAACAAAGUAUUUUCCUUCUCGAGCUGCAUUGUGUUCUAUCAAGGAGAAUUCAUAUUGUCAGAUGAACAAAUGCAUCAUCAUCUGCUAGAGUGCAGUGCGGUGCAUUUGACACUGCCUGGAUGAUUGCAUAUAUAAUAUAUACAUUUAUAUAAAUAUAUAUACAUAUAUUGUGAUACCAAAGCUUGCUUGUUUUGGUGUGAUUGUUCAUUAGUAAGAGUAGUGCAAGAAGUAGUUUGAUGCUGCAUUGAUGCUGGGUUAAUGCUGCUGAAAGACCUUUUUAAAAAGGGUUUCUCUAUUACAGGAAGGAGUAGAAAUAUCUGGAAUGCUGCUAAGUAUUUUCUUUGUGCUCGUAUCAUUUGCGUUAAAGAUUUGUAUUGUGUAAAACUGUACCUAUACAUCAUAUGCUGAUAAAUUCCUGCUGUAAAGUGUUUUCUUGUUGUGAUAUGUUUGUAUAAUGAGAAUUUAAUGUCAACUUGGUUUUAUAGCUGCUAUUGAAAUUAGUUGUGCACAACAUGUGUGCUCUGUUAUAGCAGUAGUUGUGGUCCUCUUAUUAAUUAUUUGACAGUUUUUCUUUACAAAAAUCCAUCAUAUUUAUGCAAUGUCCAAAUCCACAUUUUGCAUAAUUGCAUAGGAAUAGGUUAAUAAGUUGAUGGGAGAAAGUUAUUGUUGGAAAUGAAAUCAUUCAAUUCAUCUUUAAUUGUUACACAAUGGGUAAAGUCAUUUCUUUAUAAUUCACAGAAGACAGCAGUCAGGUCUUUCUUUUGAAUAUUAUAUUAACUUCUGAUGAAGUGAUCCAUUUCUACCCAAUUGACAAGGAAAAAAUAUUACCUGUAACACAAAGGUUUGCAAUGGAUAACAACUGUAAAAGAACCAUUCUGAUCGGGUUCAUGAUAAAAGUUUUAAACAGAAUGCACAUGAAACAAUGAUCCUGAUUGGUUAUUGUCAUUUAUUGAUUAAUUACACACCUUUGUGUAACAGGGCUGUGGUUAAGAUGUGCUAGCCAGUUAAUACUACCUCAUCUUUUUAAAGUAAACAAAUGGGAUUUAAAUGAUGUCAAAAUCAUCCAAAUAUCCCCAUAUAUAAAAGCUGUCAAUUAAAUAUUCAGCUAUGUUUCAAAACAAGAAUUAAAAAAAAAAAUCCAUAUUCUAUGCAUAUACUUGUUGGGGAAAAAGAAGACAACUUUAACUCUUCAUCAAUUGCGAUUGAUUGGAUAAAACUUGGACAUUCUAGAAUGUUUGACUCCUAUCAGGUGACCAUUAACUACCUUUUGUUAUUGCAUGGAGUAGUGCAAUCUGUGAAAUUACUGUAUUUCAGAAAAUAUGUAGUCUUGCAUUUGGUAAAACCUCAAACCUCAUUCUAUAUGUGGACCUCAGCUAUUGUGUGUCUCAUUCAGGAUUGUUUUAUAGAUGUAUUCAUGUAAUGCAGUGAGAGCAGAAAACAUAUUACUACAAAUUUGUAAUUAUUAACAGAUGAGAUAUUCAUUAACCUUUUCUUGUCGAGUAGAGUAAAUUUUGUAGAGUCAAAUAAAUGUCAAAUAUGGUGAACAAUGAUUUAUCCAUUGUGAUUUAUACACUACUAAAGAAUAUGUAAACCGUUUGCAAAUCCGCAAAAAACAAAUCAGUUAUUUUGGUGUACUGUCUCUUUUUUCAUAAACAGUGAAAUGAAUUAAAGCUUUCGGAAGUAUGACUUGCAAUACUUAAUGCUGAUACACUUAAAGUGAAUAUUUAUUAUAAAAAAGGUGAAAUAGUUUUUAUUUGAAAAUAAUUUUUGAUUGAAGAUAUUUUUUUUCAGGAAGGAAGUUAUCUGAAUACCGGCCAAGCCUCCCUUGAUUUAAAAUCAAAUGUUGCAAAAAAGUAUUUGCAAGAAAAUGCUGAUAACGUGAUUAUAAUCAGAAGAAUACCUCUUUAUUUAAUUUUGGCACUUUGCCUUUAGGUUUUAUGUUUUUUUAAUAAUGUUUGAAAAAGUGUUAAGUGUAUUUUAUGGGGAUUUCCAUGCCAAGUGUGUAUGUUCUUUGAAGGGAAACAAGGUCUUUUAUCAAAUUGAAUGUAUGAAUGGGGAGACCUAUAAGCAGCUUUAUACGUCAUGUGUCUUGUAAAUCAUUAUUA